GCGCUCUUCCCCAUGCGUGCGCGCUGCCCCAGGGCACGGGGGGCUGCGGGCCGGGGCCGGGGCCGCUGGCGGGGCGCGGGUGGCCGCUGGCAGCGCUGCCGAGGAGGAGUAUUUCUGGAGCGCGGUUCUGCUCUUUCCAAUCAUGUGAUGGGGACAUUAUUUAAGGCGGUGGCGAGACCAGGCGGGAGCUGCGGGUUGGGCGCUGCUGAACCACGCUCCGAGCCGGGCCCCGGCACCCUCUGAGCCGCUGAGUGUGACACCCACCCCCCCGCCAGCACCCCCGCACCAUGGCCGAUGCUUUCGUGGGCACCUGGAAGCUGGUGGAAACGACCAAUUUCGAUGAGUACAUGAAGGCGUUGGGCGUGGGCUUCGCCACGCGGCAGAUGGCCGGGCUCACCAAACCCACCACCAUCAUCGAGCUGGAUGGUGACAAGGUGACGGUGAAGACCCAAAGCACCUUCAAGAACACGGAGAUCAGCUUCAAGCUGGGCGAGGAGUUCGAUGAGACCACGGCAGACGACAGGCACGUCAAGUCCUUGGUCACACUGGAUGGAGGCAAACUGGUCCACGUGCAGAAGUGGGAUGGGAAGGAGACAUCACUGGUGCGGGAGCUGAAGGAUGGGAAAUUAAUUCUGACUCUCUCCAUGGGCAACGUCGUGUCCACCCGCACCUACGAGAAGGCCACAUAGACGCUGUCCCCAGCUCCUUGCCCGUCACCUGGUGCCACAUUCGCCCCCCACACACCUCAGUCCUCGCCCCACGCCGGGGUCCCGGAGCCCGUCACGCCGUGGGGGCCACCCGCUGCCCCUGUCCCCAUCGCUCGGGGGCUGCUGGGGCUGGUCUCGUGGGUCAGGGCUUCUGUUUUUUAUUGAUAAUGGGAAAAAGCCACGUGAAGAACGAAUAAAGGUCUCGUUGGUACA